AUGCUGAAGGCAUCGUCCACAGUCCCAGAGUGGCUGAUUCACUGUAACUCCCCCCCUCAUAUAGCCGCCGCCACUCAGAUCCUCUCUCAUCGCGAGGGGUCGCGUGCGAAUGCGCGCAAUGAAUCGCGGCGUCGAACCCACCCAUCCGCCGCGCAUCGCCUCGUCCAUCUUCUCCCAUUUGUAUCCGACAACGCCGAUUUUAUCAACUACUAUUCUGUCUCGGUCGGCUGUAGCGCGCUCAAUGAAGUGAGUAAUCGUUAUAGCGACAUCACACCGUACGACCGUACACGCGUAGUUGUCUCGGAGGACGCGUUGGACAAGGGGGAUCGCGCCUCUCUGGGCGGGCGUUAUCUCAACGCGAACUGGGUGCGCGAACGUGCUGGUGGAAAGUGGUGGAUCGCGACGCAGGCGCCUCUGCCUCGCACGGCGCACACCUUUCUCAGUGCCAUCUCGAAGCCGAUUGCUCUGCCUCACCUCUCUGCUGCACCUAGCGAAGCUCCAGCCAUCGGUCAGAAGAUUAGCAGGAUUCGGACGGUAGUCCAGCUCACGCAGAACCUCGAGAGUGGCAUGCGCAAGGCCCACGUCUACUUCCCAGAGCAAAAGGGCGAGUCCUGGGAGAUUGUCCCUGAAGACGGGCGUCAUGCGCCAUCGCUGAGGGUCACCCUUUUGGAGACCAAACGGAUCGAUGACGCAUUGUGCAUCCAGAGCACUGUAUCCAUCGAGCCCCUCACCACCGUGCGAUCUGAGCCCACCGUCUUUCGCCACAUGCUCUACGGCACCUGGCCAGACCACGGUGUUCCCAACGAAGAGCAUCGCUCAGCUCUGCUUAGAUUUGUCCGCCUGGUGGACGAAGUGAAUCGCGACCUUUCAUCGCAGCCUCACCCGGAGGAUCUGGACCCGGACCCUCCCAUUAUUGUGAACUGCUCUGCUGGCGUCGGACGGACGGGCGCGUUCAUCGCAUUGUGCUCGCUCUUGCGUGUUUACGGCUUCCUUUCCCUACCGGCAUCACCGCCUGUCGCGUCGCCGCUGACGCUAUCGCCACUGGGGCCGCUUCCGCAGGAACUGGAGGACGACUUAGUUGCGCAGGAGAUUGACGCUCUCAGGGAGCAGCGGCCGGGUAUGGUCCAGAAGCAGGAUCAGAUGGUAUUCAUCUAUGAGAUGCUGAUGGCAGCGUUCGCUGAGAGGGACGGCUCGAGACGUUGA